AGGAAGAGAGGGAGAAAAAAGAGAGAAGUGGCGCCUAUCUAUAACAGACGUCGGCGCAUCGGGUGGAGCAGACGAAUCGAUUUCACCACCGACAAUGGCGGAUCGUCUUCAACCUCAACCUCUCAACACAAUUUCAAGGUAAAAUUUUCCCUUUUCUUUUCAAUUGACUCACUAUUCUAUGCUUAAUUAACUUCCAUAUCAUGGCCUGCAAAUCAAUUCCCAUUUUCUUCUUGUAUCUCUAUUUCUUUUCCCUUUUCAUUGAAUUGAAAUUCGCCCAGCACAUUUCCCCUCCUGAAAUUAUUUCAAAACAUUGUGAUGAUCGUUGGAUUCACAUCAGAAACCUCCCUUCUCGAUUCAAUCUUGAUCUCCUUUCCAAUUGUUCUGAAUACCCUAUUUUUGAUGAUUUUUGCCCUUAUUUGGCCAAUCACGGUCUUGGGCAUAAGACUUAUAAUCGAUCUCAUAGCUGGUAUAGGACUGAUUCUUCAAUGCUUGAACUCAUUUUUCAUCGCCGAAUGCUUGAAUAUCCUUGUUUAACUUCUGAUCCCAAUUCCGCUGAUGCCAUUUAUCUUCCUUAUUACACCUCCAUUGAUGCCCUGAGAUAUCUCUACGGUCCCGAAGUGAAUUCCAGCGCUGAGCAUGGCCUUGAGCUUUUUGAUUUCCUUAGCCGGAACCAGCCGGAAAUUUGGAAUCGCCGUCUUGGCCAUGACCAUUUCUUCGUCAUGGCGAGACCGGCUUGGGAUUUCUCUCAGCCAUUGGAGAAUGAUCCGCCGAUUUGGGGCACUUCGUUGUUGGAACUGCCUCAGUUUUUCAAUGUCACUGUGUUGACAUACGAGGGUAGAGCUUGGCCAUGGCAGGAGCAAGCAAUUCCUUAUCCCACUUCAUUCCACCCGCCCAAUCUUGCAUUCUUGGAGUCCUGGUUGCAGAGAGUUAAGCGAUCUAAACGUUCCACUUUGAUGUUGUUCGCUGGUGGGGGUGGCAUCUCGGCCACACCCAAUAUCCGCCGAAGCAUUCGGAUGGAAUGCCAGAGUGCCAAUGAUGACGAUGAUGUGACCAACUCCCGCGAUGGCAGUAAUAGGGAUGCCAGUCUAUAUUCAAAGUUGUGUGAAGUUGUGGAUUGCUCUAAUGGAAUAUGUGAGCACGAUCCUGUUAGGUACUUCCGGCCAAUGUUGCAGGCAACUUUCUGCUUGCAGCCACCUGGAGACAUCCCGACGCGGAGGUCAACUUUUGAUGGGAUCCUCGCAGGGUGCAUACCAGUGUUUUUCGAGGACCUCUCUGCGAAAUCUCAGUACAAAUGGCACUUGCCAGAGGAGGAGUUUGAGGAAUUUGCAGUGACAAUACCAAAAGAAGAUGUGGUGUUCAAGGGGAUAAAGAUUUUGGAUGUGUUGAUGGGAAUUCCAAAAGCGAGGAUUAGAAGGAUGAGAGAAAAAGUGAUAGAGUUGAUUCCUAGCGUGAUGUACAGAAAGCAUGGAAGUUCAUUAGGUUUAAGAACAAAGAAAGAUGCAGUUGAUAUAGCCAUUGAAGGAACACUGCAGAAGAUUGGUAUGAGAGUAAAAGAAUUGGAUUUAGAGUAACAGAAAGAUGCUAGUUCAAUAUUAUUCAUUGCUAUAGAGCUUUGUUCAUCUCUUUUUUUUUUUUUUUUUUUGGCUAAACUUAUGUAAUUAUCUUUUGUUUUAUUUGUUUUCCAUGAUUUGUGGAUAAGAAAAUUUCGAGUAAAAUUUUGAUAUUUAGAGCAGAAUUCUAAUGGAAAUUAAGGGAUGUAAGAAACAUAGGCCUUUAGGAAGCAAGGACUAUGAACUUUGUGCUACACGGUUCCUCUAACUUAGGAAGAAUGCAUCAUGACAUUCCAAACA